GUGAGACUUCUACCUUCUCCCUCAUCUGGAAUGGAGAUGUGGUUGCCGUCGGAUUAUGUGAUCUGAAACUCCUGGAUGAGUUUGAUCAAAUCAAACAUGAUAUAGAGCUAAGAGAAGGCAUAGAGUAUGCUUCGGAGAGGGCAGGUAUGUCUGAUCUAUUCCGUCAGCCCCUCACUACUAGUCAUAUUUGUUCUACCGCUCUCAACUUUCCAGCUCCUACAAAACAUCCAACGACAAAUAAUUCUGGUUUAGCUCCGGAUCCAGAUUCCUGCAGGGCAUCAAAUAAAGCUCCUAAACCUUCAGAAGGUUCGGAAGAAAACAACUCCAUCUCAAAUCCAGGAAUUAGUUAUCCUGACAAAGUUGAAACCGUUAUAUCCGGAGCAUUGCUUACGACAACUGAUGAGAUUAGAUCAACACCUAGAGCUGACCCUGACCCUGCUCCUGGUUCUAGUAAGAUCUUGUUCACCAAAACUCUUAAGAACCCGAGAAGUAGUGAGAAAAAUUCCGGAUCUGUCAAUCUAAAGAAACCGAAGAAUUUUCUGGAGAAUUAUAAAAUACCAAAAAAAAGACUCAUUGAAAAAGUCCAAGGUGAGCAGAAUUCCCCAAGAUAUUGCAACCACAUUGAACCUGUCCAAUGUUUCCUCUCAGGUUGGUGCCAACUCAAAUCCACUGGUUCCACCAACCCCGGAGAGAGGACAGUUUUCUAGUGGAUCGGAGAAAGUAACUCCUGGAAAGAGGAAUUGGUCUCUAAUCGCACUACCUACAUCUUCGUCCAGUCUCGCCAAUGUAACGUCAUGUAUCCCGGAAAAUACUUCUGAUGGAACCAAAG